AUAGUUAGAUGAUGAAAGUCAUGGUCAUAUUAUAUUCUAAUUUAAUUAAUUACAAUUACUCACACCUAGGCUAGUAAGAAAACUGCAGUUAAGCUGGGCUAUAAACUUCAACCUACUUCCUCUCCAAUGGCAACCCACCUCUUCUCUUCUCUUCUCUUCUCUUCUCUUCUCUUCUCUUCUCUUCUCUUCUCUUCUCUUCUCUUCUCUUCUCUCCUCUCCUCUCCUCUCCUCUCCUCUCCUCUCCUCUCCUCUCCUCUUCUCUUCUCUCUCCUCUCCUCUCCUUUUUUCUCUUUCUUUCCUUCCUUCCUUUCUUUCAAUUUUUAUUAUUCUCUCAUAAAUUACAUUCUUGAUGGAGUUUCCCCUCUCUUACCUCCCUCUAGUCUCUCCCUCCCACCUUCUUUCCUCUGUAGAUCUACUCUCACUCUACUUCCCCUCAGACAAAGAGCAGGCCUCCCAGGAACAUCAACAAAACUGGAAUUUUCUGAGGAACCUCCAGAAUGAUUUCCAGAAUGGUUGUACCAGUCUGCAAUCCCACCAACAGUGGAGGAAUGUUCCUCUUUCUCCACAUCGUCGCUAGCAUUUGCUGUCACCUGAGUUUUUGAUCUUAGCCAUUCUGACUGGUAUGAGGUGGUAUGAGGUUUUGAUUUGCAUUUACCUUAUGACUAAAGAUGUUGAACAUUUCUUUAGGUGUUUCUCAGCCAUUCGGCAUUCCUCAGCUGUGAAUUCUUUGUUUAGCUCUUGAACCCCAUUUUUAAAUAGGGUUAUUUGUCUCCCUGAGGUCUAACUUCUUGAGUUCUUUGUAUAUUUUGGAUAUAAGCCCUCUAUCUGUUGUAGGAUUGGUAAAGAUCUUUUCCCAAUCAAGCCUCUGAAGAAAGAAAUUGAAGAAGACCUCAGAAGAUGGAAAGAUCUCCCAUGCUCAUGGAUUGGCAGGAUUAAUAUAGUAAAAAUGGCCAUUUUACCAAAAGCGAUCUACAUAUUCAAUGCAAUCCCCAUCAACAUACCAAUCCAAUUCUUCAGAGAGUUAGACAGAACAAUUUGCAAAUUCAUCUGGAAUAACAAAAAACCCAGGAUAGCUAAAACUAUCCUCAACAAUAAAAGGACUUCAGGGGGAAUCACUAUCCCUGAACUCAGGCAGUAUUACAGAGCAAUAGUGAUAAAAACUGCAUGGUUGGUACAGAGACAGACAGAUAGAGCAGUGGAAUAGAAUUGAAGACCCAGAAAUGAACCCACACACCUAUGGGCACUUGAUUUUUGGCAAAGCAGCCAAAACCAUCCAAUGGAAAAAGGAUAGCAUUUUCAGCAAAUGGUGCUGGUUUAACUGGAGGUCAGUAUGUAGAAGAAUGCAGAUCGAUCCAUGCUUAUCACCCUGUACAAAGCUUAAGUCCAAGUGGAUCAAGGACCUCCAUAUCAAACCAGAUACACUCAAAGUAAUAGAAGAAAAAGCGGGGAAGCAUCUCGAACACAUGGGCACUGGAGAAAAUUUCCUAAACAAAACACCAAUGGCUUAUGCUCUAAGAUCAAGAAUCGACAAAUAGGAUCUCAUAAAACUGCAAAGCUUCUGUAAGGCAAAGGCACUGUUGUUAGGACAAAACAAUAUCCAGGAAUGUUUUACCUAUAAUAUUUAUUCUCCAAGUACUUCUUAUGUGAUUUUUAUAAUCCUGUUUUAAAAAUGAGGAAAGGUAAGAAAUAUAGUAGGUAAAUAGCCCCAAGUCAUAAGCAGUUACUGAUAUGAAUAAUGAAAACUUGGCUUUGUGAUGCCUAGACCUCAGGUCAGUUCUGUGUACAUCAUGGUAUAAAAGUAUUUCUUGAGGUUGUACUCACGCUCCUGAAUGUGCAGUCUUGCUUGGCUUUGAAUCCUCUUGCAGCAUUAAGGCUGGUUAUCAGAGAAGUGGAAUUUAUAUGUGCCCUGAGAUGUAUGCUGGUAUGUAGAUGCUCAGUGAACCAUGUCCUGGUUAGCUCCAGUGAGAAGGAAAUUUCAUUAUUUGAUUCUUGGGUACAGAAUAAUGCUACACACAUACUGACGUAGUUGUUGGAUUCUAAAAACUGUGUUCACACCCUCAUAACUGACACGAAAACUACAUGGUGUCUAUUUCAUAGGACGUCAGAGCCACAGAAUCUUAAAAUAACUCUUGGCAUCAGAAUUGAAAACUGGGUUUGCUUCGUCUAAGGAGUUUAUGUUCUCAUUGCAGGAGUCGUGUCUAUUCUUCCAAGCUCUAGUUGUGUUCCCAGACAGUCAUGGAACAUUCUUACUGUUCUUCAGUCCUUGCUUCAGGCUUUUCAAUGUCACUGUUGUGCAACCAGAGGCGCGGAAACUGCUGCUGUCAGACUCUAAUCCUUUCUGCUUGGAUUUGUUGCCAGGGUAUACAGUAGUGAACCACAAGCUCUGAGGUCAGUCUUGCAAACAUUACCAGAGGCUUCAGCAGCAAACCACAAGCUGUGGAUGCUACUCUUUCACCUUCUGUAAACUCAGCUAACACUUUUAGUGUAUUAUUUGCUUAUUGUUCAACAUAUGACCAAGAAAACAGCAACAUAUUGCUAUUCAUUAAUUCAGCAUUUGAUGGACCUCACAAAGGUAACCAACAGCAUUACUCACAAAGAAACCCACAAAGAGACCAGAGACAAUGAUGAUGACAAGCAGGUGGUUGCAGAGAUCAUGGCAAGAAGUUUUAUUCCAACUCUGAUAACGACAGUUUCUUGGGAAGGCUUUCACUUUGCUGGUCAUGAGAUUCAGAUUACUGAAGGCAAAGAUUCUUAUGGUGCAUUUGUCUGGCCAUCGGCCCUUGUUCUAUGUUAUUUCCUGGAAACACAUGCCAAGCAAUAUAACAUGGUUGAUAAAAAUGUGAUUGAAAUUGGAGCUGGGACAGGGCUUGUCUCCAUUGUGGCAAGUUUGCUUGGUGCUCGUGUGAUUGCUACAGACUUACCUGAAUUACUUGGAAACCUGCAAUAUAAUAUUUCAAAAAACACCAAAACGAAAUGCAAGCAUUUACCUCAGGUCAAAGAAUUGUCCUGGGGAGUAGCAUUAGACAGGAAUUUCCCCAGGUCUUCCAAUAACUUUGACUAUAUCCUGGCAGCAGAUGUUGUCUAUGCCCAUCCAUUCCUGGAGGAACUUCUCAUGACCUUUGACCAUCUCUGCAGAGAAACUACCAUUAUCCUUUGGGCUAUGAGAUUCAGGCUAGAAAAAGAAAAUAAAUUUGUAGAUAAAUUUAAGGAACUGUUUGACCUGGAAGAAAUUUCUAGUUUCCCUAGCUUGAAUAUUAAGUUGUACAAGGCUAUGAAAAAAAAUUGGAGGCGUGCAUAAUGCAUCAGG